CACGCGGCCGACCAGCUGUCACGAUACACUCAGUCCUACACUGGAAAGACCACGCCUUGCAGCGCCCGCGCCCGCCUCCGCGCCUGUCUGCGCCUGCGCCUGAGCGCCUGCCCGGCCGGCUGGCCAGCCCUACGAGCCCGUGAUCGACCACCGUCUGCCGCGAGAAGACCCCUAGAUGCCGCCCGGCCAAGAUGUACCCGGGUCGUUUAGCAGUGCAGCACCUGAACAUAUCCCAGCCUCGUAGAAGACGCCCCCACCAACUUACAACAGCUGUCAAUGCAUCCUACAUACUCGAGGCGCGCGACGACUCGUCUCCUGAUCCUCGGUGUCUCGCUCUGGGCUGACCUGAGCUGAUCUGCGUCAAGGUAGUCUGGACCGUACAACAUGCUGCCUGGACCGCCCGUCACCUUGCAGAGUCCGACCAAGCGACGCCAUUGGCGGCCGAGGAAGUAAACACACAAGGUGUAUUAUUAUAGAGCGCGCUAUUCUCCUGCAUAUUGGCCAGGACUUCACCCACAAAUCUGCACGCCAAAAACCAGAUCGGGCCAGCCUGAGCAGUCUGCUCGCUCGCUCUUCGCCGAUAUUGAAUGCAACACCAGGGCCUGAAUAUGCAGGAACCACGUCUUAUUGGCGACUCUGGACGACGUCCGGCCCUGUUUGGGUGACCGUGUGACCUUGGCAGGGGCAGGUCGUGGAGCUUGUUGUUGCGGUCCGGCGGACGGGGUGAAUGCGCGCAGGGCAGGGAGGGCAGCCUCGCCUUGGACGAUAGGGUAGGUACGUGGACGUGGUACACUACUGUGGUACCGUCCAGAAGCCAAUUUCGAAGAAGUCUGUAAGCUUGGCACCCACUGGUCAAUGGCGUCUGACUCUGUGCAGCUCCCCACCCGGACGCACACCUGAUCAUCUGCACAAGGGUUCACAAGGGGCAGGCCAUGCACAGUGAUCCAAAAUUGGGGCUGUGAGUGCUGCCCUGAAUCUCGUCAGAUUUGCGAAAUCUAAGCGGGCUGAGGACAUUGAUCCCCGGGUAGGGCAGGCCUUGGCUCGGGACCUUCGUGCCGCGUCUGCUCAGUAGACUGCGAGCCUCCGGUGCCUCCGCCUCCGGCAUCGUUCUACGAAUGUCUCACCCACGGCCCGAAAUAACUUAAUUUGGCUGCGCGAUCUUUCUGAGGGCUCUCAGGUCUAUUGAGGAGGCUCUUAUCCCAAGUCGUACAAGUCCCUCGCGUCGCAAAAGACGGCUGCGGACUUUCUUUGAGAGCCGCUGGGGAGCUAGGGGAAGCUUUGGCCGGGUUUCACCCUCGCGCGUCGACACGGUCGGAGCUGUCAUCGAGUCAGACCUCAAACCGCCAUCCAGGCCUUGUCGAACCCAACAAGCUUGGAGGAACAGGGUUCCCGAGUCGCCAUGAUGCAACGAUGCGAACAUCACACGGCACGGCCGACCAGAUUCGUCCCAACCAACAACGAGGCGCUGUACGACGGCAAGCACCAUCACCAACCAGUGCAUCAGGAUAUCAACGACGGCACGAGCGCGAGGGCCAUCACCGAUGGCCCACUGCGCAUCCACGGCACGAGGGGCGAUCCUGCGGAACCAGCAGAGCUCGGACCUAUCAACCACCCUCCUGCCACCCCCACCCAUCCCUUGCUCACCCCUGCCUCUUGGCUCUUCAGAAUCUUGCGUGCAUUCUGCAAGGGAGUGGGGUCGCCAGCUAAGCGCCCGGCGGCUAUCAGUUUAAAAAUAGAUAUUUUUAGAAGCACAUCCUCAACUUCCUCCCCCAUGACUGGGCCGCCCUGCCAGCCACUCGAGACACCAUGCCAGGAACCUCAACCAGAAGAUCAAAAACUUCCGAGUUUGACGCAGUUGGCGUCCUUUGCACCAAGUUCGCACGGCAACAACACUUGCCCGGUCGUGACGUUCGACCAUGGCCUCGGGUAGACGGCUCGCGACCGACGGGUGUUUGAAGGCCACGAGACUCGCCGGUCCGUCCUACCCCGCCGGCUUACUGUUCUCAAAUCCCACCCGUUCCUCCGAGCUGCC